GCCGCCGCUCGCAGCGGCGCCGAGCCGACCCCGGACGGCGCGGGCGAGGCGGUGGGCGCGCCCCGGGCGGACCCGAGAGACGAGAAGCUCGCCCUGUACCUGGCCGAGGUGGAGAGGCAGGACAAGUACCUGAGGCAGAGGAGCAAGUACCGGUUCCACAUCAUCCCGGACGGCAACUGCCUCUACCGCGCCGUCAGCAAGGCCGUGUACGGGGACCAGAGCCUGCACCGCGAGCUGAGGGAGCAGACGGUGCACUACAUCGCGGACCACCUCGACCACUUCAGCCCCCUCAUUGAGGGCGACGUGGGGGAGUUUAUUAUCGCCGCCGCCCAAGACGGGGCGUGGGCCGGGUACCCCGAAUUGCUGGCCAUGGGGCAGAUGCUGAAUGUGAAUAUACACUUAACUACUGGAGGGAGGCUGGAGAGCCCCACCGUGUCUACCAUGGUCCACUAUCUGGGCCCGGAGGAUGCGUUAAGGCCCAAUAUUUGGCUUAGUUGGCUCAGCAACGGACACUAUGAUGCUGUUUUUGAUCACUCCUAUCCCAACCCAGAGUAUGACAAUUGGUGCAAGCAAACCCAAAUGCAGAGAAAACGCGAUGAAGAACUCGCCAAAUCCAUGGCCAUAUCCCUGUCCAAAAUGUAUAUUGAACAAAAUGCAUGCUCUUGAAAAGUCUGAGGACCUGACAAGCCGGGAACUGGCGAAAAGCAGUUGUGUUGGGAGAACCACACGAACUCUAAUUAGGGUAAUGGCACUUUUCAACUUCCUAGUAGAUUGGCUUUAGGUGUAAUGCCUUAAUCAGUUUUGGAAUGUUCUCUCAGAGCCGCAGGUUGCUGGGCACCUGAAUGAUGUUUCCUGAUAGCUUUGGGCGAGCCUACUAUAAUUUGCUGUAUAAAGUGAGCGCUACUUAAUUUGCAAGCUGAUGUCUCACGGUAUGAAUUUGUUCAUUCCUGGUAGUCUAUUUUCUAUAAAAGUGUAUUUUUGCACAUUUUUAAAAAUGGGUGUACUUUCAUCUAUGACGUGUUCCAAUUGCGAGAAACGGCUUUUAAGCAUAAUCCAGAGAAGUUCUUUCUAUGAAGUUUAUUUCAGUUUGUGAUUUAGUAGUUAGUUUACGUUGUUGAAAUGGUUAACAAUUCUUAAUUAUUAUUUCAAAUGGAUAUUGAUACAUUAUGUUACCAGAUGACUAGCCCAUUCCAUCCUGAUGAAACAAGACGAUUUGUUGUUUGGGGGAAACGUUAUUUUAUUUAAGAAAUGGUCCACUUUGAAGACAGUUUACGUUUUUUAAAAAAUGACAGUACCAGGCCUUACUUGAAUAGAAGUCUGCUGUUCGCUGGUGUACUCUGAUGUUUAGAGUAAAGUGCCUGGUGCUCUCGAUUGUUUUCUUUUUUUAUUCAUCAACUUAGGAAAAGCAUUCAUGAAAUUUUGUGAGAAGUUCAGCCUCCUGUGUUACAGCUUCUUGGUUUCAACUAAGCUUUUCAAAAUGAGCAUUAAGAAGCUGGGCCUGCCAGAGGCCGUUACUUCCAGCAGGAGGCAACUGUCUUAUACUCUGUUCUUUUAAAGUUCUUCCAAAAGGAAAAACAGAAUCCACUUUGUAUUAUGUAAAAAUGUAAACAGCUUGUAUGGUUUGCUGGGUCAAACAGUGUUUCCAACCCAAAGAAAAACAAACAAACUUAUGUUGCCACUUUAACUACUUUUAUUGUAUUUAUUAAGUAAUGCAGUUUGUACUUUUUUAUUUUGUAACAUUUUGUGAUUUUUUUGUACAAUAAUGUAUUUGUACAAUAUAGCAGUUCUCAGCUGAUUGAAUGAAUGAAUAAAAUGUAUACUUUUA